AUGGAGUGGGUGGCGCUGUCCUCCUUGUUCUUCAUCAUUGUGUCCAUCACGACCUUCUGCCUGGAGACGCACGAGGCCUUCAACCCCCUCGUGAACCGCACGGAGUUUAACCCCGUAGACAACAGCACGCGCUACUACGAGGAGCCGGAGACCGUGGCGUACCUGACCUACAUCGAGGGCGUGUGCGUGCUCUGGUUCACCUUCGAGUUCCUGGUGCGCGUGGUCUUCUGCCCCGACAAGCUCAAGUUCAUCCGGAAUACCCUCAACAUCAUAGACUUCGUAGCCAUCCUGCCGUUCUACCUGGAGGUGGGUCUGAGUGGCCUGUCCUCUAAAGCCGCUAAAGACGUGCUGGGUUUCCUCCGCGUGGUCCGCUUCGUCCGCAUCCUGCGUAUCUUCAAGCUGACGCGUCACUUCGUGGGCCUGCGCGUCCUCGGCCACACCCUGCGCGCCUCCACCAACGAGUUCCUACUCCUCAUCAUCUUCCUCGCCCUGGGGGUCCUCAUCUUCGCCACCAUGAUCUACUACGCCGAGCGCAUCGGCGCCAAGCCCAACGACCCGCGGGCCUCCGAGCACACGCACUUCAAGAACAUCCCCAUCGGCUUCUGGUGGGCCGUGGUAACCAUGACGACGCUGGGCUACGGCGACAUGUACCCGCAGACGUGGUCGGGCAUGCUGGUGGGGGCCCUCUGCGCCCUGUCGGGCGUGCUGACGAUCGCUAUGCCCGUACCCGUCAUCGUCAACAACUUUGGCAUGUACUAUUCGUUGGCGAUGGCUAAGCAGAAGCUCCCCAAGAAGAAGAAUAAGCAUAUAAAGCGUGCUCCUCAACCCGGCUCUCCGGACUACAAGUCUCCUCUGCACUCACCGCGCCACAGUAUCCAUGGCGACGCCUGCUCCCCGCCGCCACACCCGGACGCCGUCACCGAGCAGAAGGCACAGCAGGCACACACCAACGUCCCCCACCACCACGCCAAGCCCAGCGCACACCACGCCAAGAGCAACGCCAAGCCUGCUCCUACUCCCCAUCCAGUGGCAGCGCUGCCCGUUAUUCCAGCUGCUGUUCUGCGUGGAGGUAAGACUGUGGAUGUCAACGGAACGCCAAGUAACGCCAAGCCUGCUCCUACUCCCAAUCCAGUGGCAGCGCUGCCCGUUAUCCAGCUGCUGUUCUGCGUGGAG